AUGCAUUUUUCAUACGAGCAGUGGAAUUGCCAGCAUGUUUCUGGUUAUCUGAUGGAGGCGGUUUACCACCUCGGAGGACGAGGGGGUUUCAAGGGCUGGCAAUGGCUGUUUAUCAUCGAUGGGGUCAUUUCCCUCCCCGUGGCUAUUAGUGGGUUUUUUAUCCUUCCCGAUGUGCCUGAAAUCUCCGAUCCGUGGUAUUUGAGUAAAGAGGCACGUUUGACCAUUUCACCCUUUUGA